GCCUUGCAAAAACGUUUUCCAGAUCCAAUACCACCAGAGGCAACGACCCGCACAUCACCACCAACGCGACAGAGUCUGUCGACGGAGGGAGGCUUCUUAGAGGCAUGGGCGCAAGGCUACUAUGCGGGAAGCCUCGUAAUUUUGAUCCUAAUCGUCUUCUGCAACUAUCGACGUGGAAGAUGGUUGCACAAGCUCAUCUUGCUUGAACUUGUUCUCGCCCUAUGGCACGGAACCUUCAUCUUCGUCAAAGACCCGUACUACGGCUGGUACCUCUCAGCAACAGCAACCUUACUCUUCAUCUCGUACUUCCUCCACAACGUUGUCGCCUGGCUCAAGAUUCAGCCAUUCCUCCCUCAGUGGGGCUCUCGUCUAUUCAUCUUCUCGCUGCUCUGCGUUCAGCCAUUCUGGAUUGCCGAGGCCUGGUCAAACUUUUCCUACUUCAACGGUUUAGGCUCAGAUGUGAAUGUUCGGAUGCGCCCAUGGGAGGCUCUCGUCCGCGAUCCAUGGUGGAUCUUUACUACAUGGAAGUUGAUUGAUGCAAUUAAGAAGACAUAUGAAAUCGAGAUCUGGACGCUCGUUCGCACCAACUCGAGAUUCGGCAUCAUGUUGCUCUGCAUGCUUCUGUCCAUAGGCUUCCUCCUUACCGACGCUGCUGUCUCGGCCGCCCGUGUAACAGCCAGCAGUGGCAUUAACCCAUACUGGCGCUUUGCUCUCGUCUUCAAAUGCGCCUCUGAUACCAUCUUUCUCGACGACUUCAAGUCCGUACUCGACGGAAUUGUCCUCCACAAGUUCAGCUCCGCAAAUGGCACUAUACACCAUAGAUCCAAUGUUGGAUUAAGUAGUAGUCAUGAUGUGCGCAAGCGAUCACAUUCAUCUCGUGGUGAUGAGUUCCUCGAACGCACCUCUCUUGAACAAUCGCCCAGUCUAUCGAAGGGUUCCGCGCCCGAGUCCAGGCCUGUGAAGUCGCGUUUUCUGAAUCUGUUCACAGCCAAGAGAAACAAGGCGGACACCCCAGGGAUACAUGUCGAGCAGGAGAUGUCUAUUGCCCCGGAUAAGAGGCAGACUAGUCAUGAUAGCUGGAACAACGAGAGUCCCACUUUACCCAAGCCGGCCCACACAAUCUACAACGACGGCCGGGGCGCCAGUGGGAGUGACAGAAGCUUGUUGAUUGGCAGAUUGGUGUGA